AUGGACGAUGACGCGGACGCUGUGGACGUCUGGUGCGAAGGCCACCAGGUAUUAGACAGCACGCCUUGGCAACCAGACGACCCUGUGGUGCGGUUUGCAGCUGCUUUCGAGCGCCGACUCUAUGGCAAAGAGGCCGUGCAGCACCACGAAAGCUUUGACUUUGAGCGGCUGCACCGGCUCUCAGUUGAACAUGACGCUGACUUUUACCGAACAUUCAUCGAUUUUGCGGGUAUUCGUCUCUAUGAUGAUACUGGUGCCCCGGUGACGGACGCCAACGUCCCUAUCACGAACCGAGAAGCUACACUUCAGCUGGAGACCGCUUGCAGAGGCACGCGCAUAGGCACUGGCGCCAACCAGAACGACAACGAAAGCAGCAGUCCUGUACAUUCCCACACUCGCACAACUGUGGGAACCAUGCCGAUAACCGGCCUCCGGUGGUUACCGAACAUUCGAGUGAACUACGCUGAGAACAUUCUGCGUAAUCCCCAGGCAAGUAUUGUGUUCCGCAGCGAGCCGGGCUCUGGCAUUCCCCGCCGCGAGCUCUCUUACCGCCAGUUGUAUGCAUGGGUUGCGCGUGUCGCUGAAGCGCUCGAACAACAACUGCAUCUCAGUUGCGGCGAACACGUGGUGGGGUUUCUCCCCAAUAUCCCCGAGACGAUCAUAGCGAUGCUCGCAGUGACGAGUCUGGGAGGUAUCUGGGCAUCCUGCUCUCCUGACUUUGGUGAAGAUGCCGCUGUCGAUCGAUUCGGACAACUUCAACCACGGCUGCUGAUUACAGCGGACGCUGUUGUCUUCAAAGGUAAGCGCCACGACUGUUUAAAAAAGGCACAGAAAAUUGCAUCUCGUCUGGGAACAGAAAAACGAAACGAAAACAAUGAGGAGAACGCUGUCACCGGCAUUCCGGUAUGGAUCGUGCCGUACGGAUGCCCGCGAGACGCGCUAGUCGAGCACCUGGACGCUCCCAACUGGCAGUGCUUUCCGUCCGCAUCACCUGAGCCCGCUGUCGAUGAGGCAUUGCCAGCGAUCCCGUUUCGACGUAUUCGUUUCGAUCGAGAUCCAGUGGUGACCAUGUUCAGUUCGGGCACCACUGGUAGACCCAAGUGCAUGGCGCAGGGUGCUGGUAUCCUGCUCACCCAGGAGAAGGAGCAGUUGCUGCACUACGCAAUGGGUCCAGAGCAUACGCUUUUUUUCUACACGACCUGUGGUUGGAUGAUGUGGAACUGGAGUGUUGCAGCUCUAGCGCGUGGCUGUCGACUGAUUCUCUACGACGGCGCUGCGGUUUGGUCAUCCCUGGAGCACCCGGCAAGCGUUGAAGCGGGUGCCCCUGAGAACACACAAAGUACACCUCGCGACACCGAUCCGUCAUUGUCGACAGGCUAUGCACCGCAGGAUGCCCUCUGGCGCAUUGUCGCAGAGGAGCAAGUCACCCAUUUUGGAUGUGGUGCCAAGUUUCUGCAGAUCCAAGAACAGCUAGGUGUUCAUCCAGCUCGAUGGUCUCUAGGGCGAUUGCAGGCAGUGCUGGUGACCGGUUCACCGUCGACGGUUGCAAACUUUCGAUACGUCUGGGCGCGCGUUGGUCGCCACGUCCGUUACUGGAGCAUGUCCGGUGGUACGGAUAUCAACGGGUGCUUUGCACUGGGACUCCAGCGUCGGGCAGUGUACGCUGGUGAGUUACAGUCAUGCGCGCUGGGUCUUGGGGUACAGGUCUUUGACGCACACGGCCAUCCGGUCGAGAAUCAGGACGGUGAGUUGGUGUGCACGAACGCCUGUCCUUCGAUGCCGCUCUUUUUUUGGAACGACACCACUGAUGCAUCCAUGUAUCGCUCGGCCUACUUCAGAACUUUUGGGGAGACUGUGUGGCACCACGGUGACUAUGCACGCGUCGUGGUUCGCGAACCAGGUCAUGAACGUUCGUUGAUCAUUCGGGGACGGAGCGAUGCCACUCUGAAACCCGGUGGUGUGCGUCUUGGGUCCGCUGAUUUCUACACAGUCCUCGAACGCAUGCCGGAGGUUAGCGACUCGCUGGUAGCUGGUCAACGUUGGCACGACGAUGUGCGUAUCAUUCUCUUUGUGAAACUGGCGCACGAAGCUCCUCUGGGCCCACUGGAAGACUCGGAGCUUCGAUCCCGUAUCGUGAAUCGUCUGCGGCAGUCGUUAUCUCCGCGGCAUGUUCCUCAUACGGUCAUCGUUGUUCCAGGUAUUCCCUAUACGAGGAACAUGAAGAAAAUGGAAGUCGCUGUGAAACGCAUCCUCGACGAUGAACCACUGGACAAUACACAUGCCUGUAUGGAUCCGGAGCUCCUGGAAACGUACCGGGAGCUCAAAAGGAAAUAUUUGGCACGCGGGUAA